GUGUGAAGCAAAUAAAACGGCUGCAGAUCGUUUGGUAUUCUCUCAGUUAGAGAUUUUCAGCCGUAGCGAUCACAUCGAGCUCGUUCGCUACCACUACCACCAUCAACAUCAUCAUCAUCAACAAAAGAUUGCUAUAGUGAACUAAAAUUCAAGUGUUUUCCCGUCAACGGCCGUAAUUAUUCGAAUUUAGUUUAAAUUGAAUUUAUUUUCAAUUCGCUUUUGGAAAAUUGGAGUGAAAAUAAGUACACACAGAGUAUAAAGGAUUACCCAACGACCAGACAAUUAACGAUAUGGCGCUUUGUGAUUGUCCAGUAGGAGUGCCGAUUGGCCCGACACUAGCCUCAACUUGUGGCGGUGGUCAGUUUAUGCUAUUUAUGGGUUUGCUAGAAGUAUUUUUACGGUCACAGUGCGACUUGGAGGAUCCAUGCAAUCGGCCCAAAACUCGAUCCAUUCCGGACAAUGACUACGAUUUCGUUGUGAUUGGCGGUGGGUCAGGUGGUUCAGUAGUUGCGUCCAGAUUAUCCGAGGUACCACAUUGGCGAGUUUUACUUAUCGAAGCAGGAGGCGAUGAACCGCUGGGAACGCAAAUUCCGUCGAUGUUUUUCAAUUUCAUCGGAAGUGAUAUCGAUUGGAAGUACAAUACGGAGCCGGAAAAGAAGGCAUGUCUUUCGUCACCCGAACAACGAUGCUUUUGGCCGCGUGGCAAGGUACUAGGAGGUACCAGCGUCUUGAACGGAAUGAUGUACAUUCGCGGCAACAAAGAAGACUACGACGAUUGGGAAGCAAUGGGCAAUCCAGGCUGGGGAUAUGACGACAUUUUGCCAUACUUUUUGAAAUCGGAAGAUAAUUUGCAAAUCAAUGAAGUCGAUCCACAAUAUCAUCGCACCGGUGGUUUGCUACCCGUUUCAAAGUUCCCAUACCAUCCACCAUUGUCGUAUGCCAUUCUUCGAGCUGCCACUGAAUUGGGGCUUGACAUUCAAGAUUUGAAUGGUGCCAAUUCGACCGGUUUCAUGAUUGCCCAAAUGACGGCAAAAAACGGAAUCCGAAUGAGUUCAUCGCGUGCAUUCAUUCGGCCUGUACUUGAUCGACCAAAUUUGCAUGUGAUGCUCAAUACAACGGUCACCAAAGUGUUGAUUCAUCCAAAAUCGAAGAAUGCACAAGGCGUUGAAGCAGUUGACGCUCUGGGUCACACAAUGAAAAUUUUGGCGAAAAAGGAGGUGAUUGUUGCCGGAGGAGCUGUGAAUUCACCGCAAGUCUUGAUGCUGUCAGGUGUGGGACCGAAGGAAGAAUUGACAAGAGUUGGCAUUCGUCCAAUUGUUGAUUUGCCCGGCGUUGGAAAGAAUCUUCACAAUCACGUUGCGUUCUUCACAAACUUUUUCAUCAACGACACAGACACAUCGCCUUUGAACUGGGCCACUGCCAUGGAAUAUUUAUUGUUCCGCGAUGGUUUGAUGUCGGGCACUGGAAUAUCGGCCGUAACCGGUAAAAUCUCGAGUAAAUUCUCCGAGCGACCAAAUGUGCCAGACAUCCAAUUCUACUUUGGUGGAUUUUUGGCCAGUUGCGCCAAAACCGGACAAGUUGGUGAACUUCUAUCGAAUGGCUCCCGGUCAAUUCAAAUAUUCCCAGCCGUUUUGCAUCCAAAGAGUCGCGGUUACAUCACACUGCAUUCGAGCGAUCCGUUAGCACCACCGAAAAUUGUUGCAAACUACUUGGACGAAGAGCAUGAUUUGCGUGUUUUGAUUGAUGGAAUCAAAUUUGCCAUUCGUAUGUCCGAAACUGAUGCACUCAAAGCAUACGGCAUGCAACUGGAUCGAACACCAAUCCCGGGUUGUGAACACAUUCACUUUGGAACGGACAAAUACUGGGAGUGUGCUGUACGGCAAAACACUGGCCCCGAAAAUCAUCAAGCUGGAUCGUGUAAGAUGGGCCCGCUGAGAGAUCCACUUGCCGUUGUCGAUCAUGAACUGCGCGUGCACGGUGUACGCAGUUUACGUGUGGUCGACGCUUCAGUUAUGCCAAAAGUCACAUCAGGGAACACAAACGCUCCCAUCAUUGCUAUUGCUGAAAAAGCAUCACAGUUGAUUCGCCGGGCAUGGGGAGGCCGCUAAUAAAUAAGCAUUUAAGAUUAGCUUGUAGUUCGUCUUAUUACCAUGGUGACAAAUACAAAACAAGUUAGAUUUCUUUGGUUUGAAGUAGAGAAGAAAAAAAUUGAUAAAUUCAAAAUCGAAGAAAAAGAAACGUCUGAAUGUUUUUCUAAUUUAAAACGAAAUAAUAAAUGUAAGAACAAAAAACACUGAAUAAA